UUUGAGAAAAUGGCGUCUAUGAGCUUGGUGGUGGUAUUAUGUGCAGUGAUAUAAACAUUGAAUAAAUUUAACGAUUAUUUAAAAAUGUUUGUUUGAUGUAGUGUUUAUUAGGAACAUUAUAGUUUUUCUGUUUGAAGAUGACGGCGAAUAUGUAUCGUGUCGGAGAUUAUGUGUACUUCGAAACGACCUCGACGUCUCCGUAUCAGAUCCGGCGCAUAGAAGAAUUAAACAAAACUGCAUCGGGAAAUGUGGAAGCCAAAGUAAUGUGCUUCUACAGGAGACGGGAUUUGCCCAGCCAGCUGAUUCAACUUGCCGACAAACACCAAUGUGCCUUAGACGAAUCCAAUGGAAGUCCAAUACCUGAAACGGGGAGCAGAGCGGAUCAGUUAAGUCCCAAGCAAAGACAUCAGAUGAGACACCGCGAGCUAUUUCUCUCUCGGCAAGUGGAAACGUUGCCAGCGACACACAUUCGAGGGAAAUGUUCGGUAACCCUAUUCAAUGAAACAGAAGCACUUACCUCCUACCUAAAUAAAGACGAUAUGUUUUUUUACUGCCUAGUUUUCGAUCCAACGCAAAAGACUCUCUUAGCGGACAAAGGUGAGAUUCGCGUGGGUAGCCGAUACCAGUGCGACGUUCCACCUAUGCUUAGAGAAGGUGAUAGUGAUGAACGGGAGUUGACGGAACUGGAGACUCUGGUCUGGACUCCCGAGCAUAACCUAAGUGACAGACAAAUCGAUCAAUUCCUAGUUGUGUCGAGAUCUGUGGGUACCUUCGCCAGGGCUCUGGACUGUAGUUCGAGCGUGAAACAACCAUCGCUGCACAUGUCGGCAGCGGCAGCGAGUCGUGAUAUAACCCUUUUUCAUGCCAUGGACACCCUCCACCGCCACGGUUAUAACUUGUCUAGUGCGUUGUGUUCUUUAGUACCUUCUAGUGGCCCUGUUCUGUGUCGGGACGAAAUGGAAGAGUGGAGCGCGAGCGAAGCAAAUCUAUUCGAGGAGGCAUUGGACAAGUACGGCAAAGACUUCAAUGAUAUCCGUCAAGAUUUCCUCCCUUGGAAGACCCUGAAGAACAUAAUCGAGUACUAUUACAUGUGGAAGACCACGGACAGAUACGUACAGCAGAAGCGCGUGAAAGCCGUGGAAGCGGAGUCUAAACUGAAACAAGUCUACAUUCCUAACUAUAAUAAACCAAAUCCUGCCGCGCUCAAUAACAAUAAAGGUGUGGUAAAUGGAAGUAGCAAUGGCAGCUCGGAUCCGGCAGUCUCAUUGGGGGGAAAAGCUUGUGAAUCGUGUAACGUAACUGUUUCAAAUCAAUGGUACGCAUGGGGCCCGUCCCACAUGCAGUGCCGACUGUGCCAGUCGUGCUGGCAGUACUGGAAAAAAUACGGCGGGUUAAAAGUAGCCACACGCUUUGGAGAUGGAGACUUUGAAAACGGCGGCAAAAAAAAGUCUGGUAGCGAUAUUGAUGAGGAACGUCUACCAGGAAUGUCCCAUCGACCUCAUCGCUGCAACAUCGGAGGCUGUGGAAAAGAGUUCAAAUUGAAGGCCCACUUGGGCCGUCACUACGCCACGGCACACGGAAUCGUCGUCAGAUCAGGAUCUCCCAGACCAAUUAUGAAAACCAGAACCGCUUUCUAUCUGUUUACUACGCCGAUAACUCGGAUCUCGAGGAGGUUGUGCAGGCACAUAAUGAGACCCCGACACGCGGCUAGGGCACCUUUUUUCGCCAUCAACAUACAGGCCGUGAAACAGGAGUGUAGUAUACAGAUGGCUGGAAAAACGUUGGCGGAAUUAAAACAGUUGCGCACCUACAGGAAAAGGAACAGAGGAAGCGUCACUGCCAUAGCCACUAGGCUCGGACGACCAUGUGCCGUCACGCCUCAGUGGUUAAUUUUAACAGACAAGGAACUUCUGCCGCAACCUGAUAAAGUGGCUUUUCCUAAACCACCAAAAGCUCCGGACGGUAGUCUGCUCUACGAAAGGGUUCCCAAUAAACCCGAAGCCGAGAAAAUUCCUCUGAACAGUAUGUCACCAUCCUUGAAGAGACGAGCUUACGAUGAAAUGAACGGCAUGGAUAGUGUGGCCCUCAACGCGCCGCCUCCGAAAAGUAUGAAAAAGGAGCCCGCACAUGUGACAAGGCCCGAACAGUUCCAAGCGUUGAUGGCUGCACAAAUGAUGCCCGGUCAACCCCUUCCACGACACAUUGCACAAAUUAAUGGAAAACCAAAAAUUGCUCACAUGACCCGAACGGGUUCAGGUCGUAAACAAGUUAUAAGUUGGAUGGAUGCACCGGAUGACGUUUACUUUAGGGCAACAGAAGGAAGCAAAAAAAUGCGACGACAGGUAACAUUAGCAGAGUUACGGAGGGCAGCACGGAAACCCUGGAGACAGCUGAAGACCAAAUCAGACGAUCUGCAAGUAGUUAUCCUCGAUUGACAGUGAACUUAAAAAUUUUCGUCAACUGUAUAUUACUUCGCCAAGUGCUCAUUGUGCCCCGCACAAAUUUUAAUCACCUCUAGCAAUAUUACGAAACAUCUGACGGUGAUGGGAGGACACUGUAAAAUAAAACGCCAUCAUCACCGUAUGUUUAACUGUUAUAUACAAAUUAUUUAUUUAUUGUAUUGGUAAUUUAUGGUAAUUUUUUGUUUAAAUAAACAAAAAAUGAUGUUGAAUCGUUUUAUCACUUUCUUAUCACUCUUGUGGUUCAAGAAGAAGAGUUGUUUAGCAAAAUUAAAAGAAUUAAGUGACUUAAUUUGAACCCCGAUGUGACGGAAGGGUUACGCACGCAGAAGGAGAUCCUCGAAGUGAUAGAGUUUGAAUAAAUCCUAUUCAUUAAUGUUUUUUAUAAGAUAUUUAUUUUUAAUGGCCAAACCUUUCGUUGCAUCGGGACUUUACUGUAUAGUAAAAAAAUAAAUUUUGUAAAUCCAAAUAUUAUGCGAAUAUUUAAAAAGUCAGGAAUAAAAGAACUUUAAAAAACAAGAGUUUCGUUAUUGAUUAGCUUUUAAGUCUGUCUUAUCACAAAAAAAAAAUGCAAAAAGAAACCAAUUUUUACUACGGGUGUUUAGUUUUUGAUUUUUUGUUAUUCUUUGUUAAAUUACAUACUACACCGUAAUAAAAUGUCGAAUCAGUGUUUUCUAAACAAAUUCGAUUCCUGCAAAUUUUAUGUUAUAAAUUUUACCUACGGCUCGUGAAAAUUAAAGUGGUUUUAUUUAGCAAUAGCAAUAAUAAAGCAAGGGGCAUAUAGUUUUUGAGGGGAUGCUAUCUAAAAAUUUCGAUGAAAUUUGCAAAAUGAAAAAUUUAAACAGGUGGCCAACCCUGAGAAAUGUUUUGCACAUAGUGAAUAUCAAUUAUAAUGAUCUUCAAGGGACCGUUUGUUUACGUUGUUAUAACCGAUAGACGUAAUGAGCAAUUACAGUAAUACGCCGAACUUACGCGAUAAGUGGGACCGAGCGAUAACCAUGUAAGUCAAAUUCGCGUAAGUCUGGGUACAAUUUUCCAUAUACAUACAUACAAAUUAUAUCCGUACGAUAUUUGUUGAGAUAGAAGAACUGUUAUCGGAAUUACAUACUGUAAUAAUAGUAAACUAUCGCGGCAGGAGUGUGGCUUGAAAUUUUCUGCCAAUGACUCUACCCCGGGUGUCGAAUGCGGUUAAUUCCAAGAAAGUGACACGGGGGUAUUCUUGGAAUUCUAUCUCCACAAAUAUUGUACGAACUAUAAAUGGAACCGAAAACCGAAAAAAAACAAUAAACUUGAAAGAAAAAUGUGUAAUAAAAUCUUAAAUUAAUACAAAAAUAACACAAAAUAAUAAUUUGCAGUUAUACCUCAAAUUUGCGCGAAACAUAUCAACACGUCGUAAACUGAACAAGUGUGGACGGGUGGGGAAGCGAGAGUAGCGCGUUGCUCAAACAAAUGCCGAAUCGACGAGAUUUAAAAAUCUCGUAACUCAGGAUUCGCGUAAGAUGUGGUAGCGUAAGUUGGGGUAUUACUGUACAUAUUUUUUAUUUUAAAAUUUUAUUGGAAAAAUGAAAAAAUCUUUAAGUACAUAUAUUGCUUUGUGUUGAGAAGAUCUCGGGCGCUUCAUUUGCAGUGAAUUGUUUUCCAGUACACUUUAUUUUAUUUCUAUCCUUCCAAAUUGUUGAAAUCUUUUUUGUUUGAAUUCUUUUGCUAUGUUUGCAUUAGUUUCUCCAUUUUCUAGUCUUCAUAUUAUGUGAUUUUUCUUCUAUAUUAAACACUUUUCUUUUCAACAUCAUAACAGAAAGUGGUAAUUAAUACAUAUAAUUUAACUGUAUGCGUAGAUACAUCAUAAUUUUUCCCAAACGUACUAACUGGUAUCAAAAGAGUGGAUGCCGGUGGGGUGGGCGAAGAGCAGUGCAUUGGUUUUAAGAUUCUAUGGUAACUGUAUAUAAAAACGUGUCACUAAAUACAAGAUGUUGUUGUAAACGGUGUUGUAGUAAAUAAUAUUUUUAAUAUGGUAAUUCUAUAGGGUUUAAUCGGAACUUCCAAAUUCCGUCGUUAUAUCCAAUAUGUCGUACAAAGCAAUGUUGUCAUAACCCACUUUCACUGUAAUGGCAAAAAAAAAAUUUUAUCAACUUUUUUUUUUAAUUUUUAAUAACUUUUCUUCGUAUUGAUUGAUUUUCAGUUUUAAUUAGAUAUUUAUUAAAGUUCAAUUUUUCAAACUUCAUAAUGCUGCAACUUUAAACAAGAACACACUUGUUUGUAUCUGCCAGUUGACUAUAAAAAAUAAUAUUUUAUGAAU